AAACCAGUUUUCCUAUCCUCGUGGUUAUCCAACUACCAACACACACUGAAGGAACUCUGCCUCUCGCGAACGGGUGGCGAAAAUUUGGUAGUCACACUCCACAAGUGCACCCGAUAGGACGUGGUCGUUGGUGUCGUUCCACAAACCGCAAGUAAGGUCUCUCGUUCGAUUGCAUUCCCGGUUGGUUGAAAGAAUUGAAAUAAAUACCACAAUUUAGUAAUGGCAUCAUCAGAGGAAGUUUACAUCGUAUCGGCCGCCAGGACCCCCAUCGGCAACUUCCUGGGCACCUUAUCGUCUCUUACGGCUGCCGAACUUGGAGCGGCAACCAUCAAGGAGGUUUUGGCCCGAGCCGGAAUCGAACCUGCCGAUGUGGACGAAGUUAUCCUGGGCCAAUCGCUGACCGCUGGCCAAGGUCAAAACCCGGCCCGGCAGGCCUCCCUCAAAGCUGGAGUACCCAAAGAGGUGCCGGCCUAUCUGAUCAACAUGCUGUGCGGAUCCGGCCUCAAGACCGUUGCCCUAGGUUACCAGGCCAUUCGUGCCGGGGAUGCAAAGAUCAUAGUAGCCGGUGGCCAGGAGAGCAUGUCCAAAUCUCCGCACGUGAUGCACCUGCGAAAUGGAACCAAAAUGGGCGAAGCCAAAAUGGUCGAUACCAUGUUGAACGACGGCCUCACUGAUGCCUUCUACGAUCUGCAUAUGGGUGUGACGGCAGAGAACCUGGCCAAGGAGUUCAGCAUUAGCCGAGAGGAGCAGGAUGCGUUCGCAGCCAAGAGCCAACAGUUGACCGAGGAAUCGCAGAAGAACGGUUACUUCAAGGAGGAAAUUGUUGCCGUGCAGGUUCCGGGAAGGAAGGAGACGAUCACCUUCGACAAGGACGAAUACCCCAAACAUGGCACAACGGCCGAGAGCUUGUCCAAGCUGAAGCCGUGCUUCAUUAAGGACGGAACCGUUACGCCUGGGAAUGCGUCCGGAAUCAACGAUUCAGCGGCGACGGUUUGUUUGGCUUCCGGCGAGGAGGUCAAGAAGCGUGGCCUGAAACCUUUGGCCCGAAUCGUUGCCUACGCCCAAACCGGAAUCUGUCCCAAGACGAUGGGAGCCGGCCCGAUUAGUGCUGUUCAGAAAGUGGUUGAAAAAGCUGGCUGGAAGUUGGAUGAUGUCGAUCUGUUCGAGCUGAACGAGGCCUUCGCAGCGCAAGCCUUGGCCGUUAACAAGGGCCUGGGAGUUAAUGGGGAUAAGGUCAACGUUGGAGGUGGUGCGAUAGCCUUGGGUCACCCUAUUGGAGCGUCAGGCUGCCGUGUUUUGGUAACGCUGUUGUACGCCCUCAAGCGCACUGGAGGAAAGAAAGGUGUGGCUUCGAGGUGA